UAUGUAUCCAAAAACUACAUCCAGAGGGUGCACGAAGGAUACACAUCGGGUAGCACAUCAUCAUAUAUUGUGGGUGGUGGUAUAGCCAUCGCUAUAUUAGCUAUAUUGCUCAUAGCAUUCGCUAUUAUUGCUAUGAAUAAUAGGCGAACAAAUGGUUCUCUGAAACUUAAAGAAGAAAACAUAGCAAUGGCUGAGAAUGGCCGUUCACCGUGGCAAAACGGCACAUCACCGGUUAAUCUGUAAGA